GAGUCAGUGUUAGUAGUGGCACUUUGUUAUUAAGAAUUAUCAUAUGCUGGAGCCUGGGGUUAUAACAAUUCAUAAUUUGGGAAUGUUUGGGGAAGGGUUCGAAACCCAGUAAAGGUUUUAAUCUUCAACUUAAUCAACAAUUUAUUUUUAUUAUUACAUGACAAUUGAUAAUUGUUUUUAACAAAAUCUUAACCUUCAAUAGUUGAUUGAUUAUUAAAAAAACAUUUUAAUUCAUAAAAAUGUCAUUAGAUAACGAGCAAAAUACAAAUAUAAUAAAUGGAGUUAAUAAAACAAGUGAAGAUGAUGAAAAUCAUUUGGUUGAUAAUACUACAGUUGAAAUGACAGUUAAAGGUAAAUCUCGUGGUAAAAAAAAAAAUGCCAAGUCAGAUAUAAAAGUAGAAACAAAAAGAAUAACACGUCGUAGUUGUAGAGGCAUUGAAAAAAUAAAUGACAUUAAAAUAGAACAACAACAACAGUCAACAUUGAACAUGAAAAAACAAAAAGAUACAACAACAAAUGGUGAUGUUGAAAAAUUAAUAUCAGAUGAUAAAACUGUGAUUUCAAAUGGUCAAAAAAAUAAUGAUGAAAUCAUCAAAGAACCAGUUGAUUCUAAUGAAAUAAAUUCAUCAAAAACUCAAGGAUUAAGAGCAUAUAGACCAGCAAGAAGAUCCAUGUUGUCUCUGUCGUCUUCAAGUAUCCAAAAUGAUUCAUAUGGUGAUGCUGAUUUACAGACCAAUGAAUCAUCUGUCCUUGAAGAUAACCAACACACCAAGGAAUCAUCAACAAUAUCAGACUGUCAAGAUCAUUCAGAUGAUUUAAAUAAUUCUACUAGUGCUGUUGAAGCAUUGACAAAGCCAGAUGAUUAUCAAGAAGAUAUUAUUAACAAUGAAAAUUUAAUGACAGAAUCAAACGAGCCAUUGAUAAAUAAAAAUAACAUGGAAGAUCAAUUAAAUAUAAAUAAUAUAUCUACAAAUAUUAAAAAAGAAUCAGUAAAAUUAACUGACGAAAUAAAUAAUUCUCCGGAAAUAAAUGAAAAUGAAUUGUUAAAAAAUAAUGAAGACAAUUCAAUGGAUAAUUUAAAUGACAAUAAAUUAAAAAAUUCAAAUAAUAAUACAUCAAAACGUCGUGGAAGAUCAAGAAAAUCAAAAACAUCACAAAAUCAAUUGAUAACUAAUUUUUUUGUUUCACAAAAAACUGAUGAUAGUGUUCCAGGUACUUCUCGUGAAGAAAUAUAUUUAAAGCAAGAAACAUUUGUAGAUACAACUGAUGAUUUUCCAAGUGAAGAACAAAAUGAUCAAUUAGAUAAUGAAGUUGUUAAAAAAUAUCCAAGUAGAUCAAAGAAAAGAAAAAUAAAUAAUUCAGAUGAAACAAAUGAAAAUAUUCCAACAUCUUCUCGUAAAAGAACUCGUAAAAAUACAGAUGAAGUUGAUGGUAAAGGUCUGAGUGAAUCAGAUACUGAAGAUGUAUCAAAAAAAGAAAAAGAUAAUAAUGAUAAACCAUAUAAACCACGUGAACGUACAAGAAAAACUCCAAAGACAACAAAAAAAUCAUCUAAAAAUACUGUUAAAAAAUUAACAAAAUGUGGUAAAUGUGAAAAAGAAUUUGAAAAUUGGGAAGAACAUAAUUUGCUUGAUCAUCAUUUAAUAGGCUGGCGUGAUGGUGAAGAACAACCAAAUUUAUCUGAUGUAACAGUUUUGCGAGAAAUAAAAAGAGCAUUGGAUAGAGAAAAAAAUAGAAAACGUAGAAAAUAUACAUGUGAUAAAUGUCCAGAUGUUGUUUUGACAAGUCCCGAGGGUUUUGUAUCACAUAUACGUUUUUGUGGUAAAUCAGAAGAUGAAUUAUUAGCACUUAAAUGGGAGUGUCCAUUGUGUAAACGUUUGUAUAAUCCAAGUUCACAAUAUGCACAUGAAAGAUCACAUAAAUUACGUGAAGAAAAUGCAAAAAAAAAUGAGCUGCAAUCACAAAUUGAUGAUGAAAAUGAUGGUAGAUGUAAAAGAACAGCUGCUAAAAAAGCAGCAACAAAAAUAACUGAAUUUGUUGAUCUAGUCAAAGACAAUAAAGAUGAUAAUAAAAAAACAAAAUUAAAUAAAAUAACAAUGAUGAAAGAAAUGAUACCAGAUAUAAUGCCACCAAUUAAAAUUCCUCCAGUAUUAAUUAAAACAUGGAAAUCAUCACUUGAAAAAAAAAAUAUAGCAUGUUGUCAUCAAUUUAAAUGUAAAUUUACAGCAGAUAGCUUUGAUGAAAUAUGUAGACAUUAUUCGGAAUGUAAACUAGCACCAGUUGUUUAUUUUAAAUGUAAAAUAUGCAAAGAUUUUUCUGGUCAUAAAUUCGAAGUUGAAAAACAUAUACAAGAUGAUCAUAUUAAAAAAGAAAAUAAUGAAGAUUCUGAUUUUGUUGCUAGUGAUAACAGUCGUGUUAGUGAUGAUGAUGAUGAUUAUGAUUAUGAUAAUGAUAAAGUUACAUCUAAAAGUAAUCAACAUAGUAAAAUUUAUAAACCUGUAAAAACAAUUGGACGAGCAAAUUUUUUAACAUCAAUUGGACCAGUUCAAUCAAAAAAUUUACAUGCUACUUAUACACCAGCAUUACAAUGGACCAUGGAUUUUGAAUUUGAAAAUUAUCAAUCAUCAUUAUUUCAAGAUUUAAAGCCAAAUAAAUUUAACAUUGUAAAUGAUGAUAAUUUAAUUGAAAAAUAUUUACCACAAUUAAAACUAUCAAUGUCAAUGAAAAAUGAAAAUAAUAAAUCAUCCAGUGAAUGGAAAAAAUGGAAACGUUUUGAGUCUGAUAUUGUUGAUAAAGUACCAUCAUUUUUUACUGGUGGUCCAGUUUGGGCAAUGGCAUGGUUACCAAUACCAUCAAUACUAUAUGAAGAUGAACCAAAUCAAUAUCUUGCAGUAAGUACACAUCCAAAAAUGGAGGAUACAUAUCAAGUAUCAAAAUCAUAUAAAUUUAAAAAUUCCAUUCAAAUAUGGAACAUUGGACAUAUUUCAAUGAAUUCUUCAUGUGUUUUAUCAAAACCAGAAUGUAGUUAUAUACUUGCACAUGAAAAUGGUACAGUAUGGUCAAUGGAAUGGUGUCCAUCUGGUACAUAUGAGAUGAAUAAAACAAUGGGCCUACUUGCAACUGGUUCAUCUGAUGGUUGUGUACAUAUUUAUUCAUUACCAUUUCCAGAAACACUAGAAAAAACUACAAAUAAUCCUCCAGUAUUUAUGUCACCACCAGUAAUGACUCUUCACAUUAAUCAAGACUUGGAAAAUGCAACAAAUAGAAAUUGGCAAUGUUUAAAAAUUUCUUGGUCAAAAACUAAUGGACAUAAUAUUAUUGCUGCUGGUUUUUCAAAUGGUUAUGUUGCAUUAUGGGAUUUAAGUAUGAAAUCAUCAUUAUUAUUAUCAAAUAUUAAAGGUAAAACAAUACAUUUAGAUGCAUUUAGACAUUUUUAUGCUCAUGCACAUGCUGUUAUGCAUGUACAAAUAAUACCAAUUGAUGGUGAAAGAUAUAUAGCAACUGUUGGAAUGGAUAGAGAAACAAAAACUUGGGAUAUUGAAGAUAUAAGUGCACCAAUGGAUUCAAUGAAAAAAGGUGUUGCUGUUAAUGGUGCUUAUAUAACACAUUGGCCAGCAUUAUUUACAUCUUAUGAUGAUGCACUUGGUCUUGGUCAUACACAAACUUAUAUGGCUGUUGUACGAGAAGCAUCAUUACAUGGUGAACAACGUGUUACACCAUUGUUACCAACAAAUUCACCGUGUUAUGGUAUUGCAACAUCUGAUUGGGCAAAUGGUGUUUGUCAUAGUACUCUUGCUGGUGAUAUUACAGCAUUAUUUCCAGGUCAACUAUUAUAUGUCAAAGAUUUUGAUAAAUUAUCAAGAAAAAGAUGGCUUGUUACGUCAAUUGAAACUGUUGAUUUUAAUAAACUCAAUGGUGAUGCUAAAGUUGAUGAUAAUAUUGAUGAUAAUGUUGAAGAUAAUGUUGAUGCUACAAAUAAAAAAAAUAAUAAAAAAAAAGAUAAAAAUAAUAAAUCUAAAAAAGAAUAUGAAUAUGGUCCAGAAUAUUAUGAAGAAUGUCAUGAUAAAUUUGGUAUUAUUUUUAAAGAUGAUUUAACUAGAAGUAAUAUGAAAUUGUCACCAAGUAAUCGUAAAAGUGCCAUUAAUUCAGAUGCAAUGAAUGCAGCUCCAAUUGAACAGUAUCCAUUUACAUCAAUUAAUAGACUGGCAUGGAAUUCAAAUGCUUGGAGUUAUCUUUGGCUAGCUGCUGGUUACCAAAAUGGCCUAGUCAGAUUGUUGUCUUUAAAUACAAUGUCAAUGAGUAACACAAUUAAAAAAAUUUUACCUGCUCAUGUAAAAAAAAUGUCGUCAAAGAAAAAAUUAAAUUCUAGUGAAUCAAUUAUUGAUAUAAAAAAUACAGAUUCAUCAUGAUAGCUUUAAAAAUAUAAAAAACAAAAUUACUUUUAAAUUUUUAAACAAUCAAUUAAUUGACAUGAUAACUUGUUAUUAAACAUUUUAUGUAUAAACAAAAUUUUAUUAUAACUUUUAAAUGUUAGUUAAAAAUCAAUGUUAAAAAUUAUUUUUUUUAAAACAUCAAUGAAAUGAUUAGUAAGCUAAUGAUAAAUGAGCAUUUUAAUAUUUAACAAAUAUGAAUAAAUUAUUUAUAAAUUUAAUAUUAUUCGA